UAUUGAUUGAAGAGGAAGUAAACAAAAAGAGCCUCUCAUUGUAAGAUAGGUCCUCUUGGAAAGCUACGAAAUGAUUCAUGCUUUACGUGAAAUUUGUAAAAAAUGCAUAUUGAUUUGUUUUGCUUACCGAAUGACAGAAGUCAAUUCUAUUGCAAAAUUAAAAAAGGGACCAUUUAGCAUAUCAAAGAGAUUUAAAACACCAAACAUAAAAAGACACUAUUCAGAGACUUGCAUUAAAAUAAAGAUCAAGUCUUCAAGGCCUACUAAUAGCCUUGUUCUGUGCAACAAAUGAACAAUUAACGGUAUGUUUAGGUGAUUUCUCCGUCCAACAGAAAAAAAUACAUAUUUCACUGAAAAUUGGUUUGGUUUUUUGGUAUCCAUACUAUUUGUCUGGAAUGGAAAAUCGUGGAAAAUACUCAAAAUCAAUUUUCUCAAAACCAAGCUUUGUUACUCACCCCUUCAAAAGUUAUGGAUGUCAAGACAAUCAUUUAUUAGUAUUUCUCAAUCGUACCAAACAAGUUUUUUGGCUGUUUUUAAGUCAAGCGUGUGCUAGAAUAAGGGCGUAUGUCGCAUGGUCGAUAUCUCUUCUUCGAUCCUCUCUUCUGUAAAUAAAGGUGACAAGAUACGGAUUCGUGAGCAUUUUAUCACUUCUAGACGCUAGGCAACGAUGCAAUCUUGCGUCCUAAGGUGAAAAAUGCUGAUAAACUGUCGCCUUUAUUCAUAGAAGAGAGGAUCGAUGAAGAGAAAUCGAUCAUGUAACUUUUUUUGUCACUGAUGUUAUCAACAUUUCAAAAAUCAAUAUAAGCAAUAUAAGCUGAUGAUACUAAUAGAGAAGUAUAAUAAUUUAUAUAAACACACAAUACAAAAUAUGUUUUAGCACAUCUCAAAAUUAAAAUUUCACUCUUUAGCCAUAUUUAUAAGUAAAAACCAGAAAUGUUAGCUUGAUACAACAAAUGUUUUAGUACAACUCUAAUAUGACUCCCGGAAUCACACUCUCACUUAAACUAAAUUAUUUAAACAUUUGCAUGAAAUGAUGUUGUUCUCAGACAAAAUAUAAAAAUAUAAUCGAAAAAAGGAAUUAAUUUAGUUGCGUCGUUCAGAUGGAAGGGACCACUGUUGACGGGAACUGAACGCAAACCGCUAGACAACGACGACGUACGAGCACCGUGUAGCGUGGGUGGGUGGAUGGUCGACAAGUGCCCGCAAGAGAGGAAAACCUAUCGGAAAAUUGCAUGCCCAGGCGGCAACGCACGCCGCCCAAGUGAAAUGAAAAAAAGGGAAAAGAAAAGAAAAUUGCGCGUCGAUCGCGUCGAAAAUGAAAAAUGUGAAAAUAUGUUGUACCCGCCGCGGCUCUGUGCAACAUAAGCCCGAAGAAGCAUAUGCCACACGGUAAAAGCACAUGGGGGAGUCAUUGAGCCCACCAACCAAGCCCAAGAUUAAACAGAGCAUUCAGUGUACUUUAAAAGGAGAUGCAUAUCAAUUGUUGAAGUCAGUAUCAGUACGGAUUGCAAUCGAUUAAGUGCAGUAGCAACAGCAGCACAACAGUUUUAAGGAACAGUGCGCCAGGGGAAGUGUUUUACUAUCGAAACGAGGUGCAGGUGUGUGACCGACCAAAAAGGACUCUCUGGAAGAUAUAAGUUCGAAAGUUUCGCAGAGAAGAGACAAGUGUGUUCGCAGCCAGCCAAAAUGUCCCGCAAAAGUACCACCGUGUUAGAAUAUCUAUUGCUUGCCUCAUUCAUCACCUCCGCACUGUGCGCCACAACCCGCGGCCAGAUUCGCGUCGUCGGCCAGAAGAACGAGAACAGCUGGUUCACUGGAGAGCUGAGCGUGCUGCAGAAGGUCUACGAUGACUGCCAGGAUAAGCAAGAUUUCACCGGUUGCCUCAAGGGCAAGGCCCUGACCGCCAUUUCACGGGCUGUUGAUAUGGAAUCGGUCCCACUGAUGGACGGAGUGGCACUGGUCAAGCAGAAGACUGCCGAAAACGUGAGCAUCCCGCUGCUGUCCGACGCCCGCGCCCUCAGCGGUUUCGGUCUUGGAGAGCUCGACCUUUCGAUUCUGUCCAAGUUGAACAAGUUCUUCCAGACCCACUCGCUGCGUGUUGAUAUGCAACAGCCGUCCGGAGCUGCCGCCCGUGGAAACAAGGGCAACAAGCACCACCGUUACAUCAUCGCUGCCGUCCUGACUGCCAUGGGUAUUGCAGGACCCAUCGGUCUCAAGGUGCUGGCUGCUGUCGCCGGUAAGGCCCUGGUCAUCUCCAAGGUUGCCCUCACCAUCGCUGGUAUCUUGGCCCUGAAGAAAAUCUUCGCCCACGAUCGCCAUGAGGAAACCAGCUUCCAGGUGCACGCUGGACAUGAUAACAGACGAACUGCCUACGUAGUCCGCAACCCAGCCAAGAUGGCCGCCAGCGUCGACCCCUACCGGUACUACUACGAACAGCAACAGCAGCAGCAGCAGCAGCCACAGCCUUACGGUACCAUGUAAAUUCGAUCAACGCGAUCCGCUGAAUCCGGGAAAAAAAUCGCCGAAACGCCGAAAAGCAAACGAGUCCAUUUGUAAAUUAAUAUUUAUUUUUAACUUAUUACCACCAGCGUUGUUAACUUAUUGCUAAGUGCCUAUCGACCAUUACAUGUUAACGUAACGAAAACGACCAAAAUACCCACAAAGUGGCCACAGUUAGCAAUCUCGGUUCCAGACCUUAGAUGACGCGAUUGAUUAUCAUUUCAGCGAUGGUCACACGCCAUCAGUCAGGUCGCGGAACGAGCUGGCAUUGUAAAUUAACUAAACGAAACCAUUAACUACAGCAUUGAAACCAAAAAUUAGAAACUGAAAUUCAGACAGUAGUAGACACAGACACCCACAGCAGACAUAUUACAUACACACACAUACGAACACUGAACCCCUAGGUAAGAUUUCAAGUGUUAGCAAGGUAAGCGAAUUGAUAAGUCGAUUUAUUUUGUAACGAAACUACAAUUUGUGCGAGCGCGUGAGAUUUUAACUGGCAGUCAUGGUGUACUGAAUUUGUUAUUUUGUAAGCGAAGACACACACUCUUCGGAGCAACGGUGAGUGCGAUCUUGAACCGAUACGCCGAUCAAUAAACGAAAAAUGAUGUAAGCAGAA